AUGUCUCGGACUCCUCGUCUCAACGGCCACAUGCAGCAGCCUGCAGUUCGUAUGCGCAACCACAGCAAACAUACCCUGAGCCAGGUUACAGUCGUCCUGGAGCCGUUAGAGCAUCCUCCAACACUGGCCGAUUCACAAGAGAUUGCUCUCCCUCAGAUUUCCUUUGCCCCAAGAGUCAACGGCAACCUCGACUCGUGGCUCUCCCCACCGGCACAACAUGACGUUGCUGUUCGAGUGGGAACGCAGCCAUGUGGGCUACGGUCAAAAGACGACAAAUUCAUGGGUUCCAUGGGUACGAAAUAG